CGGAAAUUUUUGAAUUAUGUAAAUAUGAAAACAAAUCAAAAGAAAUUCAAGAAACCCAAUAUAUUUUUUAAUCCUCGUUUAACGAAAAUCCAACAAAACAUAAAUAAAUAUAAUUACAACCCAAGAAAAAGAAUGAACUUUUAUAAUAAGAUUCAUAAGGAAACUAUACCAGUUCGAAAUUCAGAUUGUAAUAAUUUUUCCACUACUUUUUCUAAUUUGUUUGGCAAAUUAGAUAAUGAAAGUUUUAUCAGAUUAAAAGAAUCAUUUUUUGGAGAAAAAUAUUAUUCAAUAGAUUCUUUUUUUAGUAAAGAUAUCGUACAAGAUAAAAUUAAUGCAACAUCAUCUGCUAGUCAAUUAAUAAAAAAUAACUUUUAUCCCAAAUUUACUUCAACACCAUUUACAGGAGAAAAACAAAAUGAACAAUUUUCAAUAAUUGAACCGAUAUUGGAAGAUGAUCCUCUACAAAUUUCAGUUGAUGUUAAGUGUACAAAUAAUUCAUUUCAAGGACAAUCAUCAAAAGGAUUCCAAAAUAAAAAUUCAAAUUUUCUCCCAACACAUCAUGACCACCGGCAAAAAAAUAACUCAAAUGAAUUUUCAUUUAGUAUGGGAAGCUUUUUUUACAAAAACACUUUUGAUUUGAGUAGCAACUACAACGAUGAGAUUAGAUCCAUUUUGAAUGAAAAAGAAGCAUUUACUUAUGAAAACAGUAAAGAUAUUUUUUUUAGUAACAAAGAAAGUGAUUCAAAUUUUCUUCCAACAUAUAAUUACUUUCGCAAAAGUAACUUACAUAAUUUUAAUCAACCAUCUUUUAAUGUGGAAAGUUCUUUUGACAGAAAUUAUUAUGAUUUAAGCAGCAAUUUUAAUGAUAAGUGUAAAUCUAUUUUCAAUGAAGAAGACGAAACUUUUACUAACAAAAAUUUUAAAGAUAUUUUUGUGUGUAACAAGAGCGAUGAUACGAAUUCAAACGAAAGAUUACUAACAGGAAGUUUAUCGUUGAAAUCUUUUAAUAGAAACUCUUUUGAAUGGCCUGAAAUAAAAAAUUUGACAAAUACAUUUAAAAAAAAUACAUCAAAAAAUUUCCUCCCUGGGAAAGCUGAAUCUUGCAAACCAAAUGACUUAAAUAGUUUUCACUUCACUGAGCAUACGUACAAAAGCAUAAAUGAUGAACCAUUUAAAAGUAAUAAAGACGAAGAAACUUUUCCACCCCGAAGCUUAGAAAAUAUUUCCUCGAGAGGUGGUCGCUGCCUAACGUGCAAAGAAAUAAGAAAAAAUAAAAAAGUUAGCCAUUGGCUAGACUGCAACAGCUUAAUUCAAGACAACAAAUCAUAUGAAUUACAAACAAAAACUAACAAUAUGUCUAAUAAUUUGAAACAUUUGGCGAAAGGAGGAAUUAAUAAAUGUACUUUACCGAAUCCUCAAGAAGAAAAUAUAAACUUUUUAAGGUCAGUUAUGAAUUCUAAUUCGUCCAAGCAAUACUUUAUAUUUUAUAACUAAAAAAAAGAUCUUAGAAAAUUUUGAAAAAAUCUUUGAAACAGAAUCAUAAAUUAUUUUUAUUAUUAACUAUAACUUUGUAACAUUUAAUUGGAAAAAUAAAACUCAUUUUAUUUAAGUUCUA